GCACACUUCAGUUGAAUUCCACAAAAGAAUUCUACCUGAGACCGCUUCCUUGGAACUGUUUGAAUCGCAUGACAAGAUGAGUCACGUCUGACUGCACGCGGGGAAGGAUUUAAAGCACCGAAGCAGCAAGCCAACAGUCACAUCAGAGCUUCGUCAGUCCAGCAGACACUUUACCUUCAGUACUAAAGCAAUAAACCCUCACAGUUGUGCGGUGAAGAGUUCCACUCUGCUUCUAGUCUCUAAACACCACUCGUUCACCAUGUCCAUAAACGAAGAGCUGGAGUGUGUCGUGUGCUGCUACGAGUACUCGCACAGCGACCGGGUCCCGAGGCUCCUCCACUGCAAUCACACCUUCUGCGCCCCUUGCCUGGAGAAACUGUCCAACCUGCAGGGGGUCAUCCGCAGCGUCUCCUGCCCGCUGUGUCGCUGGAUUACCUGCACCCGAGCCAGUCUGACCCUGCCCGGGGCCCUGUGGGUUAACACGGACAUCUGGGACCAGAUUGCGGAGGAGAAGCAGCAGAAGAAUGAAGAAUCGAUGGAGGAUUUGAAAAAGACAAAGACCCAAUUCAUCAAGCCAACACUCCCUGAUUCAAGACACCAUAGCUUCAUGUCCACACUUCGGACAAUAUUCAGCUGCGUGCUGCACCACAAAGGACGGGAUGGACACCUUCUGACAGUUUUACCGCAGGACAAUUGGCAGCGGCAUCUCCCUUCCUCAGCACGUUUAACUCAAAUGCCUCACUAGUGACAUUUUGGGCUUUUUCCAUACAUUUUAGCUAAACUUACAUUUUAAGUUUAGCAAGGUUGUGAGUUAGUUAGUUUGUAGCCAAAAUACAGAUACUAGUUCCUUUAUAACAAAAAAGUCUCUAUUAUGUCAGGCUUACAGUGUAGAGUUUAUUGGCAAUAAUUUGCUUCCCAAAACUGACUUUAACAACCAGCAUAGUAUUUAAGUGGGAAUACCUCAUUCUGAUUUAGAGGACAUGAUUUAUGUAAUAUAAUGGAUAGUUAUUCAUAAAUGUAUGUAUUUAUUCACUAUUUUUGUCACUUUGCCCGCAUGUGUUUUGGGGCAAUUGUAAUUAAAACAGGUCUGAUGUGGAUCAUUGCAUGUAUUGGUGACAUGAAGGAUUGUUAUCCUCAAAGUUGCUCUAAAUUCUUAAGCACAAUUUACUCUGAUUUAUUUAUUGAACAGAAAUAAAUCCGUAACUAUUUAAUUUACUAUUUAAUUGUUUGCUUGACUCAGACAUUUGUGCACAUUUCCACGUUAGUUAGUUAACAUCAUGUCUGAGACCAAAGAAAUUAAAUGUUUUUAAUAAAGUUGUU